CAUGCAAAUUAAAGUAAACCCUUUUUUGUCUUUUCAGCUCACCCAAACCGAACCACACUGUCCUCAUGUAAACUUAUUCACGCCAAUAACGACAUUAUAUUAACACAAUAAUGAAACCUUCAUUCCAACUAACUAAAUUCAUCUCCCAUGCAAUUUUAGUGAUCAAAAAAACCAUGACUACUACUCUUUCCCUCCUCCCCUUGCCGGAGAUCCUCCUUGCUCUGUCGGUUUUCGUCGCCAUCCAUUCUCUCCGGCAAAGAAAACGACAAGGCUUACCAGCAUGGCCGUUUCUCGGUAUGUUACCCUCCUUGUUCAUUGGCUUUAAAGGAAACCUCUACGAAUGGAUCACAGAAGUCCUCUGUCGAAUGAAUGGGACUUUUCUCUUCAAGGGUCCUUGGUUUUCGAACCUCAAUUGCGUUGUAACCUCUGACCCAAGAAACUUGGAGUAUUUACUCAAAACCAAGUUCCUCAACUUUCCUAAAGGUGGGUAUUUUAGGGAUACCGUUCGUGAUAUGCUCGGGGAUGGGAUUUUCAACGCGGAUGAUGAAACCUGGCAGAGGCAGAGGAAAGCGGCGAGUAUUGAGUUUCACUCGGCUAAAUUCCGCCGACUCACGACGGAAUCGUUGGUGGAACUCGUUCAUUCGCGUCUUCUCCCUGUUUUGGAACAAGAUCACUCUCUUAAUAUCGACCUUCAAGACGUCCUUCUCCGGUUAACGUUCGAUAACGUGUGUAUGAUCGCAUUCGGAGUAGACCCAGGUUGUUUACGGCCGGGAUCACCUGAAAUACCCUUCGCCAAGGCGUUCGAGGAUGCAACAGAGGCGACUCUGUUCCGGUUUAUUACUCCGACCAUUGUAUGGAAAGUGAUGAGACAGACUAAUAUGUUUUUCGAGAGGACGCUAAAACAAGCUAUAAAGACUGUUGAUGAAUUUGCUAACGAGGUUAUACGGAGGAGGAAGAAAGAACUGUCAACUGCCGCCUCCGACGAGGAGAAGAUACAGAGGUCUGAUUUGCUGACGAUUUUCAUGACAUCCAAGGACGAGAACGGGGAAGUGUAUUCAGGGAAGUUCUUGAGGGAUAUUUGUGUUAAUUUUAUCCUGGCGGGGAGGGACACUUCAUCGGUGGCUCUGAGUUGGUUUUUCUGGCUGUUGGAUAAGCAUAAGGAUGUGGAGAAGAAGAUUCUAGAAGAAUUAAACAGAAUUGUCGGGGAAAGAGAAGAUGAUGAAUGUAUUAAUUUGGUGUUUAAACCAGAGGAAGUGAAGAAGAUGGAGUAUUUACAGGCUGCUCUUUCUGAAGCCUUAAGAUUAUACCCUUCUGUACCAGUUGAUCACAAAGAGGUUGUUGAAGAUGAUGUUUUUCCAGAUGGGACAGUGGUAAAAAAGGGUACAAAAAUAGUGUAUGCAAUAUAUUCAAUGGGAAGGAUGGAAGGAAUAUGGGGAAAUGAUUGUUUGGAAUUUAAACCAGAGAGGUGGUUGAAGGAUGGAAAACGGUUUAUGAGUGAAUCGGCUUAUAAGUUCACUGCUUUUAACGGCGGGCCAAGGCUCUGUUUAGGGAAGGACUUUGCUUAUUACCAAAUGAAAUUUGUGGCUGCCUCUAUUUUGUGUCGUUAUCGUGUUGAAGUCGUCGCUGGACAAGUUGUUGCACCGAAACUCGCACUUACUAUGUACAUGAAGAAUGGCUUGAAGGUUAAGCUUCAACAAAGGCAGGAUCAUCCAUUUCACCUUCAAAAAUAUUUCAACAAUUGA